AAACAGAACCGUUACUAUUGGAGGGAGGGAUAAUAGUUCACUUCGUCCCCUUUACAUUUUCUAGGGUUUAAUCUUCUUCUUCUUCAAUGAAAUGGCUGUAAAUUCCUAGGGUUUAUUACCAAUUUACAAAUGAGUAUGGCUGUUCGAGCAAUAAAUACUUGUUCAACAUCUCGUUCUUCUUCAUCUUCAACACUUCGAUGUCGUUUAUAUCAUUUCUCUCCACACAACCAUUACCACCACCAAAACCCUAAUAAGAAUUUAGGGUUUCGUUUUCGAUUUCCUGUAUUCCGUUCUAGGGAGUUACUAAUUAGUCAUGGAGUUUAUAAGAGUUGUUCUGUUCAUACUCUUAUGGAUAGUGUUCUGGAAGAACUUGAAGAAAUUCGAGCUAGGAAACGAAUUCGUGCUGCAACCAAGGUGGGGAUUGCUAGUGGGGAGUUACUUUUAGAUAAGAUUGGAAAGCAGCGGCCGUUGCAGAAAGGGUUAUUACUAGAGUUUCGGAAAGAUUCUGAAAGGUUGUUACUAGCAGUUGCUCAGAAACCAGAUGGAAAGAAGAAUUGGAUGGUGACAGACCAGAAUGGGGUUACGUCUUCUAUUAAGCCGCAGCAAGUUACAUAUAUCAUCCCUGGGGUUGAAAAUUUCAACUACGAGGAGAUAUCAAGAUUCAUUCAAAAAGCUGACAGUAAUUUGGAUCCGACAUUGCUUGAGUAUGCUUGGAUGGAGCUUCUUGAGAAGCAAAAGUCUGUCACAGCUGAAGAAAUGGCAGAGAUUAUUUAUGGUAGUGAGGAGCCUCUGGACAGCUAUUCAGCACAUGUUUUGCUAUCGAAAGAUGAAAUUUACUUCAGCGUGGUGGAGGUCAAGGGAUAUCGUUCUGUUUAUGGUCCACGUUCUGGUGAACAGGUCGAAGAACUUCUACGCAGGAAGGAAGUGAAGGAGGCUGCAGAAAAGGAACUUCAGGAGUUUGCACAGCUACUUAAAUCUGCUAAGGCUAUGCCCAGCUCUUCUAAACCACACAAAGAGUCAUGGACAUUAGAAGAGAAAAACCGCCAGAAGAUUGAGGCUCUCGAGGCUUGUGCUAUUGAUGCGUGCAAAAAUGAUGAUCAGAAGAAGAUAGCUGGGACGAUUCUCAAAGCAAUGGGGUUGCCUAAGCUGUCAUCAUCUGCAUUAAAGCUUCUCAUUUCUAUUGGGUAUUUCCCUGUUCACAUCGAUCUAGAUCUCUUGAAACUCAACGUCCGUACAAAGUACUCCGAUGAUAUAAUUUCUUCUGCUGAAGACCUUUUAUCCAACUCUGCUGAUCCUGAUGAGACCGACAGAAUAGAUCUGACCCACUUGAAGGUUUAUGCUAUUGAUGUUGAUGAAGCUGACGAGCUUGAUGAUGCCUUAAGUGCAAGAAGGCUUCAGGAUGGUCGCAUUCAAGUUUGGAUACAUGUUGCUGAUGCAACUAGAUUCAUUCAGCCAGGGAGCAAGGUUGACAGAGAGGCAUUGAGAAGAGCCACGUCCAUUUUCUUGCCCACUGCCACUAUUCCUAUGUUUCCUGAGAAACUUGCAAUGGAAGGUAUGAGCUUGAAGCAGGGAGAGCGUUGCAGUGCAGUCACAGUAUCUGUAAUACUGCGCCAUGACGGCAGUAUUGCAGAGUUCAACAUAGAGAAUAGUGUUAUCAAACCUACCUAUAUGUUGACGUAUGAGAGUGCAACUGAGUUGCUUCACUUAAACCUUGAAGAGGAGUCUGAACUUAAGCUGUUGUCUGAGGUUGCAUCUCUUCGACUGCAAUGGCGUCGCGAGCAGGGUGCAAUAGACACCUGCUCAAUAGAACCACGGAUCAAGGUGGUUAAUCCAGAUGACCCGGAACCUAUAAUCAAUCUCUAUGUCGAAAAUCAAGCCGACCCUGCUAUGCGACUGGUCUCUGAAAUCAUGAUAAUGUGUGGGGAGGCUGUAGCUACUUUUGGUUCUUUGAAUAACAUUCCUUUGCCCUACAGAGGGCAACCUCAAUCAAACAUCGAUACAUCAGCAUUUGAUCAUCUUCCGGAAGGACCUGUUAGAAGUGUUGCUUUAAUCAAAUGCAUGCGUGCAGCAGAAAUGGAAUUCAGGAAGCCUGCACGUCAUGGAAUCUUGGGCGUUCCUGGUUAUGUGCAGUUUACAUCUCCCAUACGCAGAUAUAUGGAUCUUCUUGCUCAUUACCAGAUUAAAGCCUUCCUUAGAGAAGAUCCUCUUCCUUUUUCUGCUGGUCAGUUGGAAGGGAUGGCAUCACUGAUUAACAUGCAUAUAAAAGUAGCAAGAAGACUCCAGAACAGCAGUCUAAGGUAUUGGUUGGUAGAAUAUAUGAGAAGGCAGCCCAAGCAAAAGAAGUUCCGUGCUUUAAUUCUUAAGUUUAUUAAAGACCGGAUUGCAGGUUUACUUUUGGUUGAGGUUGGGAUGCAAGCUUCUGCAGUUGUGUCAAUUGGGAAACAAAUAGGAGAUGAAAUAGAAGUUAGGGUAGAAGAAGCCCAUCCACGUGACGAUGUCUUCUCCGUUAUUGAAGUACCUCAAAUGUCUUAGAAAAUUGUAUCCCUUGUUCUCAACUUCAACAUUAGACUGGUGUACGUCUUCCCAAACUGCUCAUUCGAAAUGGUUGCCGAGGAACCUCAAUUAUAGUCUACAGUAUUGGCAGCACUGAAAUGUGAUGCUGCAGGUGCAAGUACCUGGACUACACUUUGCUAUAAUCCCGGAGCGACAUGAAAGAUCUCUGACUUCUUUUUCCAGGCUGACCCGACAUAUGUCUACUUAUGUAAGAUCGCAUGCCAAUUCAAGCCUUUCUUAUGAUCUGUCAAUUGAUUUUCCUUCUUUAAAGUUAGCUGUAUAAUAUGUAUCCAGGUAAUGUUAUCAUGUCAGGGACAUUACUAGGGUGUUUCCAUGUAUAUCUAUUAGGCUCUUACUUUCCAAUAUGUCAACAAGUAAUAAUUACAGUUCAAAACCAACUUUUUAGUCCCAGGUACCAGAUAACUGUAAAAACUACAGUGGAAACGGUAAUAGAGAAAACUCAUCAAGUGCUUCUUCA